AUGGCUGGCCUACGUUUCAGACCACACGCAGGUGACGCGGCUACUACUGGAGACGAAGAAGCGCAGCCACAGCCCCCGGGGACCCUCGCAACUGGUGCAAUUCGUGCCGAUACCCAGGCACCUAUCAACAAUGAAAAUCAGGACAAUAGCACGAAUAACCAAAACAACGCUGGGAACUCAAAUGCCCUCUAUAAGCUACUUGGGGAGGCAGCAGACGACAACGAGGCUAUGCGUGAACUUAGCUCCCGUUGGGACUUUUUGAAGACCGAGGUUAACGUUCCUUCACCAAACGAUGAGAACAAAACCCCUCUCCAUCUUGCAGCAGAAAAAGGCUUUAAAAGUGUGGUCAAGAAAUUACUCGAAGAAGCCGCGGCGGAUCCCUCCCUGGGUGAUGAGGAUGGAUGGAGGCCGUUGCAUUUCGCUUGCUCAGCGGGGCACACGACCGUAAUGGAUGAAUUGAUUAGCCACAAUGCUGAUCCGGAGGUGACUGAGAGGUUUGGGAGAAAUCUACUUCACAUAGCUGGCAUUUAUGGCCAGAUAGCUGCCUUCAAUCACAUCGCGGAACGUUACAUUCAGCUUCUUGAACGAACUACAACCAAAUCAAGGAUGACACCCCUACACUCGGCCGUCUAUUGGGGCAGCGAACAGAUGGUCAAUGUCUGUCUCAAUUCGGGAGCAGAUAUCUAUGCCAAGGACAGCGACGGCCAGACGACUUUAAUGAUGGCGGCGUACACGAAAGAUAAGGAUAAGAUGGACAUUUUGAUGAAGCGACUCAAAAGCGCAGAUUCCGACCUAACCGUGCAUAUUAAUGCAUGUAACAACGAAGGUAAAACACCGCUGAUGGUCGCUUGUGAGCGUGGGUGGGCUCAGGGGGUCGAGGUCUUGGGCCAAGCUGGUGCCGAUUACAAUUCCCGUGACCAACUUGGACGUCUAGCCUUACACUACUCAAUAUUGUGUGGAGAUCUUUCCAUCAUCGAAAAAAUUACGAAGGAAACGGACCCCAAGAAUCUUCUUAUGACGGAUGACAAUGGAUUAUCUGCGUUUGACAACUUCGACUUUAACCAGGCCACGAACCAAGUGACCCAGCUAGAGAGCAUCACCAAUCAUGUUUUCGCAUGCAUUACCUCUGAAUAUUCGCAGCGGGAGAUGCUGGAGUGGGCUGCAAAAGGAACAAAGCGAAGCAAGAUAUUUCGCAUGCUAGUAGAACGUCUGACAUCAAAGCACAUAUUCGAUAAUAUCGAUACUAAUGAUUUAAGCGCAUUUGAGUUAGCAGUCCACUCAAGAUUGCCAUGGGCUUUGUGGAUUCUCAUCGACAACUUUCCCUCGACUUCAGAGACUCUAGCACCAGUUCAGAAAGCUCAAGAACUAGCAAAAGAGUUACUUCCGCCAGAGAUCAAGUCUAAGAAGCCCGAACUCAACGACUACGGGACUCAGCAGGAAAUGAGCAGGUCAAACAAAGAGGACGCGAUCCUGUACGACAUGCAAAACUACCUGCACGACUUUGCUGUGGCAGAAAACUAUAAGCGAAAUUUAUCCAAACCGGUAAAGCAGCGUGAAGGCCUCGAUGAGGUACUACCCGAGUUUAAAGCUACCAUCACCCAAUUUUUUGACGGUCAGAGCCAGAGCUCUCAGCGCAGAACCAGAUGGAUCAAACAAUGGCGGUCGAUUGAAAAUGUCAUUUAUGGUAAAGGUCCAGUGAAAGUUGCUGAUGACAUGAUGAAGACAUGGUUUCCUUACCCCAAGACUGAGCUAAAGACUGGACCUCAGAACUCUGGCCUUCCCAAGCAAGACACCGAGAUUCAGACGCGAUUGAAAUGGAUUCACCUGCCUGUAACUAAUGAUCUUGUGAGAAGAAUUGUGAACGAAAGGAAUUUGUCAGCAAAUCAGACGCAGAGCAUUGCUUCGUUCUUACGCAGAAGUUGGGUUCAGGUCCCUGAUCGUACAUCUGCGUCACGAUUUAUGAGACCUCUCUACGUAUCCAAAUUCAAGGAUGAACUUGAUUUGCUGGACGACACAAUCACGGAUCGUCCCUCUGGUACCGACAAAGAUGCCAACAAAGAUGCCAACAGCAAGACAGACAUCAAGAAUGUCACAGGACAGGAACAGUCGAAUCCAAUUGGUAUCUCUGCAGCUUAUGUCAGUAUGAUAUGA